GCUAUGAAAAUUAGGCCAUUACUGAAGCUUGUCAGCCGAACUGUGAUAACAGCCUCAGUAAAUAAACGUGAACCCAAACAUCCGAAGAACAAGUUCGCGUUAGUAAAGUUGAAGAUUAAAGGACAGAAAAGA